AUGGCUGCAGCGUGGCCUUAUGGCGCGGCCAGAUUCAAGGGUAAGUCCCCGAACAGCUCCCUGGGGAUCGGAAAACAGUCCUAUUUACACUUCCAGGGUCCUGGGGUUGGAUGUAUCUCUUCACAGCUUUCCUGUCAUGCUUCCCUCCUCAUGGCAGGUUCCCAAACUGCCAGUGAAACUACUGGGUUCACCGUCAACCAGGUAGAGAAAUACAUAGUCACGGCUUUUGUUGGCAUCGCGUGGUAUAAUGCGAUCGAACUCGUCAUCCUCUGCCUGGCGACCUUUAAACGGUAUGAGGGCACAUACUUCUGGAGCCUGCUCAUCACCUCCCUCAGCAUCAUACCCUACUGUCUGGGGUUCAUUCUGUUCUUUUUUGUUGCCGGGAUCUCGCCCUACAUACCAGUCACUUUGAUCGUAUUGAGCUGGUAUUGUACGGUGACGGGCCAUUCAGUCGUCUUGUGGUCGCGACUGCAUCUCGUCCUCCAGAAACCGAAGGUGCUCCGAUGGAUUAUUUAUCUGAUUGUUUUCGACGCGAUCAUCCUGCAGAUUCCGAUCACGGUCUUGCUGUACGGAGCCCUGACGCCGGGCAACACCGCCUUUUCCCACGGCUAUAGCAUCAUGGAACAUAUCCAGUUGAUCGGCUUCUGCUUGCAGGAAUCUUUGAUCUCCGGCCUGUAUAUCUGGGAAACCUUCAAACUCCUGCGUCUCCGCCCCUCGCGCCCGAACCGACGGAUCCUGUCUCAGCUGCUCGCGAUUAAUAUUGUGGUUUUGGUCUUCGAUGUGGCUGUGGUCGCGAUUGAAUACGCAGGCAAAUACGGUCUCCAGGUCGUGUUCAAGCCGGUUGCGUACAGCAUCAAGCUGAGACUGGAAUACGCGAUCCUCGGCCGGUUGGUCUUGAUCGCUACGAGUGCCUGUUCGGAAUCAGAUCCGAUGGAGUCCAGCGUGCAGACCGUCCUCAAUCCUGCUUUAUCUCGGCCAACGACUAGCGAUCGAGAUCCGAGCUCCGCAGAAGAAGAGGGUGAAUGGCGCCAGGAUGAAACGGAUCUGUCGUCAAUCUCUCGGAUGGAUUGAGGGAUGGGGGGGGGCGGAUUCAUAUUCACGACCUGGUAUAAUAAAAUCACUGAAUAAAAU